AUGGAAAAUCAAUUCAAUGCGAAAUUAGAAAGAGUCACGGAUUUUAGCUUAUUUGAAAAAUUAAAAAAAUCGAUCUUAAAAGACAAUGUGAACGAACUGUAUAUAUCCUCGUUAAAAUCCAUUUUGGAAAAGUUAAAGGACCCGGGUGUUGAUACGAGUCACAUCAUUUGCAAUCACCACUACGCAGAAGCUGUUCUAUUUUUUUACGCAACUUUAAUUAUAGAAAAAUAUGAAUUCGUUUCUGUCUUUUGUGAAGAUAUAAUUUCAAGUAACAAAUUUCAGGAUGUAGUGGAUAAUUUAAAAAGAAUAAAAGGAAAACAUGUGGAGAGUUUGAGUAAGAUAAAAAAAAUAAUUAUUGAAAAUAUAGAUAACUGUGAAAAGUGCUUGAUGAUUUAUUAUCUGUUGCAGAAGGAAUUCUUAGAAAUGAUAUCUGCGUUUACAAAAAAUGAGGAAGCAUUAAUAAAUUUCGUGAAAAGAGAAAUUUUUAAAUUCAAUUUUAAUCGAUUAUUUAAUAAGAUAAUUUGUCCUGUUGAAUAUGACAAGGUCGAUUCUGUUGUACUAGAGCUUAUGCUAAAUGGGGGAAAAAUAUUUCAAGUGAAUGAUAAUUAUCAGUUGGAGACGAGCCAAAUAAAUCAGGAAAACCUGAAAUUAUUCACAGAGAAAUUUAUGAGUUUAAAAAAUGACACUAUAUAUGAUAUUAUAAAAAAGUAUGCCCACCAUGAGUCGCUAAUUUUUCUUUGCAAUCUUGUCCACAUGGAAUUUAAAAAAUGUAAAGAUUUGUUAACAAAAGUGAAUGGUGAAAUGUGUAAGAAGAUAGAUUGUCCAAACGAUGACUCGAAAAAAUGUAACGAGACCGAAUCGGAGGAAAAUUUGGAUAGCUAUAAUAUCACAAAAAAUUUGCAAUCAUAUGUAUAUGUACAUAUAUUUCUCCUUUUCCAACAUGGGGAAGUGGAGAAUAGCAUAAUAAAAGUUCUGAAGGAUAAAAUUAUCCUUUACUCGUUAAUGCUGAACGCUCUGAGAUAUGCGGACAAUUUUAUCCAGUUGAUAAUUUUCAAAAUUAUAAAUUUUACCUUUAUAAAUGACGAUAAUUUUUUAAAUGAUUCAAAUAAAAAAUUGAUCAUAUCUAUUUUGUCCUACUGGGUCAAGUUAGCAGACGCUUGUAUUAUUAAAAUGAUAAACACGAGUUUGCCUGAGGGGAACGUUGCGUCGAAUGUGCUAAAAACUGAUAAUUUUUUUUUAAAAAAAAAAUUUUCAGACUAUGACAUAUUGAAGUAUAUACAGUGUUUAAUCAGUGCAAUAUAUCUGCUCUCCCUUAUUAAGAGGAGGAGAAAAACGGAAGCGUCUAAUUUGUUAUCGGAAGAAUCAACUCUGCAAAAGCAUAAGCGUAGUAUGGCCUUUUAUAUGAAUGAAUAUAAUUUAGAAAGCUUAUCCUUGAAGGCCUUUUUUACAAAGAAUGACGUGUAUGAUUAUUUCUUGGGUAUCCUAUUUUCAGAAAAUAAAGAACUCAUUAAUAAGCUGUUUAAUUUAGUAUUCAAGCUGUUACACUUUUUAAAAAAUUCCAAGUUGUACAUUUCGAAAAACACCAAUAUAAAAAAUAAAUAUUUUGAGGAAGUCACUACAUUUUCUUGCAUAAAUAUUGUGUACAACAUUUUAGACGUGACGAAAAGGAUGUUUUUGAAUUCGUUCGAGGUUGAUGAAUAUACCAAAAAUUUGUACAGAAAAUGUCUGAGAGAGGAUAAAAACUCCUUUGAUUGCAUUGUUUUGCAUUCAUUUCCUCAAUUUAUUAGCCACAGGGAUUAUCACAUGCGUUUGUACUCAAUUAAGGUUUUGUCAACCCUGUUGUCUGAUUCGGUCAUUCGGGAUUCACUGGAGAAGAAUACCAUUUUUGAAAUUUUCGAUUCGUUGAUGAGCAUGAAGUUCCAUAGCGACCAACAGAAAAGGAACGAUGAGAGGAAGAACGUAAAUAAUUUGCUGCUACUCCUGUUGAAGGCAAAUAUAAGGGAGAACAAAUAUUCCAGUAAAACUACAAAUAUAAUAUUUAGUGUUAAACAGAAAGAUGUUAAGAAGUACAUUGUGUCCAUCUGCGAUGAUGGCUACCCCCUUCUAGAUUUGAAAAGCAUAUUUGAAUAUAUUUUUGUCUUGUUUGUAAAAAUAAUCAACGUCAUUGUAAAAAGGGUGUUGUCCCUUUUGGAGAUAGAAAAGUAUAAAGUGCUAUUUAUGAAUGUGUAUGAAAUUGUAGAAUUGUUCAUGAAAGAAUUAAAACAAGAGAAGAACAAAAAAUGCAGAUCCUUUUUUUUUUCCGAAGCUAUGUAUUUUUCGCACGUGAUUUCGAAUAGUAUAUAUAAGUCCAAGGUGCAUUCCUCUGUUCCAUUUAUGAAUAAGGUUUUUACCUUAAUUAAAAAUAUUGAGAAUUACGUAGAUGUCAUGUAUGAUGAUUUGUGUACGUUUAAGGAUGUGCAGCAGAAGCUCCCCCAGGCAGGAACUUAUGAAGAAAAACUUUCUGGUGAAAGAACAUAUGAGGAGGGUGCAACUGAAGAGGGGCUGUUUGAUGAUGGUUUUUCAGAUGAUAAGUUGUGUUAUUCUAGUGAUUCAAAUUCGAACAGCAUAAAGGAUAUGCACAUGCUCUAUUUUUAUACUAACACAUUUUGUGAGGACGAAAAGGGAGGAGGGAAGAAGGAACCAAUUGGUGCUACCCCGGAUAGGAGCAGCACGAGUAAUCAGAACGGUGGCGCCACUGGGUGUCCGCUGGACCAUGUUAGCAAAGCGGAACUGGCGAAGUCCUACUCAAAUGAAUUAAGCAGAUUUAAAGUUUUCAUGAAUAGGUCAAUUACGAAGAGCAAAUUGAACGAAGAAGGGAUUUUCAAUUACAUGCACAUUUUUUUCUUCCUAUGCGUAAGUAAUGCAAGUAUGAAAACUAGGAGACACGUGGUAAAAUCGUAUGACCUGAUCACGAAGUAUAUCAUGAAGGAUGAAUAUAGAUUAAAUAGAGUGAAAAAGAAAAGUGGCAUUUUCUUUCCGCCAAUUGUAAUUAUUAGAGAUGUGGAGAAUGAAGACAAAAGAUAUAAUAUAACAGUUGAUAAAUAUGACUACAUGUUAAAAAGCUACAUAGUGGACUUUUUCAAAUCGAAAAAGUACAUGUACAGUUUUUUAUUGUCAGUUUUCCAAUUUAGUAACAUAAUGAUUUUGUACUUAAAAAAAACAAAUUUCAUAAACAACGAUUUUGAUGAAAAAUUUGAUGUGUUAGAAUGCUUCAUGUUAGUAAAUUCGAAGACUUGGUUUUAUCUGAAUGUUACCAUUGAAUGUGUACAGAAAUAUAUUAACAUGAAAAAAGCGGAUCCAUUUCUACUGCGUAUCCUUAAUUUAAUAAUAGACAACGUGUGGAAAAUUAUUAUAUUCAUUAUUUUUAAUACAAAAAUAAAAGCCUUUUCGAUAAAGUCCAGAACGCAUUCUAUACGUAUUUUCGCAAGAGAUUCGUUGUUAUUAUUUCUGGACUUUUUUUCCACAUGGAUUUUGUUUAUAAGAAAAUUUUAUUCAAAAGGGGAGCCUUUUGCCAAGGAUGUUAUACUACCUGAAUUAUUCUUUAGGAAAUUUAGCAGUCUGUCUACGCAAAUUUUGGCCAUCUUCAAUUUUGUCGAAUCGAAUUUAUCCUCAAUUAGUCACCGUGACACGAAUGCAUCAUUGUUAAUCAAGCAGAAAGAAAUUAUGAGCAACAUUUUAGAUGCACUGGUAGAUCUAGCAAAAGAUAAAGCGCCUCAUGGGUAUGAAACCCAUUUGAAUAAUCUUGUCCAGUUUAAACUAAAAUUGAAGGGUUUGCCAACGCCAAAAUAUGUACAGGAACUCACUCAUGCCUGUGACUAUGAAGCAGUGUUUACUAAAACGAAGCAAAUGUUAAUGGGUAACGAGAGGAGUGAUCUAUUCGUUACAGGACCAAAGGCCAGAGAAGGAAGCAGCACAACGUAUCUGGAACCGAAUGCAGCUAACCUAAUGAACAAUAAGGAUCUCAACUGCAAUGUGGUCACUCGUUCCGGACAGGAGAAUAACUCGGACACCGUUACGUGCAGCAACGCGAAGGAGCUUGAAGUGGGAAGAUCGAGAGCUGCAUUGGGAGCAACAUCAGGUGUAGCGUCAAGAGCAGUGUCCAGAUCGGCGUCCAGGUCGCACUCCCCCUCUAACAGUCUAAGUUCAAAGGAUGGCAAAUACAAAGAAAACCAAGCUAAUUUCGACCACUUGUCGGGGGAAAUGACAAAAGAAGCAGCCUUAGAGAAGGCCAAAAAAAUUUUAGAAAAAACGGCUGCCUUCAAAACGCAGAAGAGAGCCAUCGUACUAAAUGAAACAAAUGCGAAGAAUAACAAACAUCAAUAUUUUAAAGAGAUGAAAGGAAAGAGAUUGGAAGCAGAGAAUAGCAUGAAUAAGUAUUACGUCAUGUUGCAGGAGUUCCUGAAUUGGGAUUUUAGCUGUUUGGACAACAUGCUGAUGUAUAAGAUGUGCAUUAAUGAGGAGAUUCCUCUGCGUUUCCGGAACGAAGAAGAUUUCUACAGAAUUUUUAAACCCAUGGUCCUGGAAGAGUGUAGGUGUUGCAUUAUUAACAAAAUGGCUGGCAGUACACAUAAAUAUGUGCUAAACUUGAUUGCAAAGAAGAAAACGUCAUACUGGAUAGAAUGGCAGAUGUCAUUAGGAAAUGAGAACAAGGCAAUCGCCGAUAGCUUAAAGCCAAUGGAUUUGAUUGCAUUAAUUCCAUUCGAAAGUGAGAGCAACGUUUUGUUGGAUAAUGACAAAGGGACUGUUAAAUAUCAUAAUUUGAAAAAGAUUUUAAAAAAUAAUAAACAUUUAAUAGGAUUGGUAGAUUUUUCCAUGAAUAAAAUAGAAAAUAUGUGUGAAGUUAAGUUAAUUAAUGAAGACAUUUUUCCCCCAAAAUCGGGAAAUGAGAAAAAUAGAUUAAAAUUAAAUUGUCUUACAUGUAAUAAAUUCAAUGGCUAUUUUUUGUGUAACUUAAUGACAAAUAUAAGAGAAUUUCAGAGUGUGUAUUUGAGUAGGAACUCCUCCCUAUUUAACAUAAUUCUGAACCCUACCUUGUGUAAUAGGAAUUUGAAGGAAACAAAAAAGAUGUCCUGUACUAAUGGUUGCUUGAAUGAAGAGAAUAUAAGAGGGAAUGACAUGUGGAGAAGUAAUUUAACCAGUUUGGAAAAGUGCAUACUGAAUGUUAUGAGGGAUUAUAAUUUAUUAAAUGAGUCUCAAAUAGAGGCCGUUAAAAUGGUUUUUCUAAAUAAAAAUAGCAUUUCGUUAAUACAAGGCCCACCAGGUACAGGGAAGACGAAAACCGUUAUUGGGAUUAUAUCCGCUUUGUACGCAAUUAUUAAUCAGCGGAAUAGUGAGGAAAAAGGAGAACUAGCGAAGACAAAGAAGGAUUGUGCUUAUAAUGAUCAGAGCGAAAAUUGUAAUAAGAAAAUUUUGGUUUGUUCCCCCUCCAAUUCUGCAAUUGAUGAGAUUGCCAAGAGGAUCCUAAAUGAUGGGUUAAUAAAUUUUGCCAAUAUUGUUGGAUCGAGAAGUGGCGGAAAAAAGAGCAGCGGUAGUAGCAGUAGCAACCGCAGCAGCAAUAACAGUAGCAACAGCAGCUACAAUAACAGCCUGAACAGAAGCAACAUGAGAGUGUUUGGGGGGCGGGGUGACGUUAACAGUGUAACUAAUCCAAACAUGAAAAAAAUGCUGAACACACAAAGUGCACACAAAAAGGGGAAGAGCGGGAAUGCAGAAGAAAGGCGUAUUAGGUAUAGGAACGUCCUAAAACAAACCAUCACGCCCAAAUGUAUCAGAAUAGGUAUAUCGAAGAGGACACAUGAAGAAAUACAACCCAUUUCGCUGGAUUACAUAUUCAGUAAGAGAAAGAAUAUGGAAAAGAACGCGUACGAAACGCGCUUUAAUGAUAAAAAGAAUAAAGUGUCCCUUUCUCUUAAGGCGAUUGAUCACACAUGUAGAAGAGUGGAAGAAGUGAGAGGAAAAUUCAAUCACAGCGAUUCUAAGAAGUACUGUUUCGAGUUUAAUGAAACCAAAUCUAAAUCAUCAUCGCUUGAAAAAAUUGAAAAUGUAAAUGAUUUUUUUGCAGAAGAAAUUAUAAAUAAUGUGGAUAUAAAAUAUUUAGAAAAAUUAUUAUACCUAUUUAAUGAAUCUUUUUCUCAUUACGAAUGGAGUUUGGAAAAACUGAAAGCUGAAAAAAAAUGUUUUGAGGAGAAGAAAAAAAAACUGAUAGAUACGGACAAGGAAAUAGGUUCCUUCUAUGCAAAUAGUAAUAAAGACAAUAUGGUUUUCGAAAGUGAAGUGAUAUUUAGCACCUUAUCAGGAAGUGCAUCUCCUGUAAUUGAGAAUUUAGAAUUUGAAUAUUUAAUAAUAGAUGAAGCUUGUCAGUGUGUGGAAUUAAGUUGUUUAAUACCCUUCAGAUUAAAAAUUAAGAAUGUAAUUAUGUUGGGAGAUCCAAAGCAAUUGCCAGCCACCACGUUUUCUACUGAUUGUACAAAAUAUGGGUACAGUAGAUCAUUAUUUGAAAGGUUGCUACUGUGUAAUGCUCCAAACGUUCUGCUGAAUGUGCAGUAUCGUAUGAGAGAAGAAAUUUGCUGCUUCCCCAAUAUGUAUUUCUACAAGGGGUUGAUAAAAAAUGAUGAAAAUUUAAUGAACAAGCCGUCAUUUUAUUUGCAUUAUUUAAAUCUAUAUGGGUGUUAUAAAUUUAUCAAUAUUGAGGGAAUAGAGUCCACUACAUGUCAUAAGUCGUACAUUAAUUAUGUGGAGGCCUAUUUCAUAUUCAAAUUAGUAUUAUACAUUCACCACUUUUUUAGUAACAAAAAUGAUGAAAAUCCAAUUCCUAGUUUUUACAAAUUGUCUGCUAAUUUUAGCUUAAGUGAUAUAGGAAUUAUUUGUCCGUACCUGUCCCAAGUCAAUUUAAUAAAAAGAAUGUUUCAAGGUUAUUUUCCAUUGACCAGUUGUCCAGAUGUUUCCACGGUGGAUGCGUUUCAAGGGAGAGAAAAGAGCAUCAUCAUUUUUUCAUGUGUGCGUUCAAAUCGUCAGGCUCUGGAAAUGUUUAGAAACAGGGAUGAAUUAGAAAGUGAAAGUGGGAAUUUUCAUUCACGUGGGAAAAGGGGAGGAGGUUAUCGUAGUCAUAGUGACCUCAGUUUGGAUGACCCCCCUUUUGACGACGCCAGUUCUGAUGACUCUUAUGUUGAUGAGCUGCAUACGAAAAAGUGGUUCAACGUGGACGGGAAAGGUAUGCAAACAGAGAAUGACUUCAAAUCGGUACAUAAUAAACGUGGAAAUAAUAUCGGAUUUUUAAAAGAUGAAAGAAGAUUAAAUGUGGCUCUUACUCGAGCAAAGGAUUGCUUAUGGAUAAUAGGAAAUAAAAAAAAUUUAGAAAAAAACUGCAUGUGGGAUUCGUUAAUAAAAAAUGCAAUUGCAAGAAAUUAUUAUUCAGACUUAGAUCUAAAUUUUGGCCAGAGCACCACAGAAGAAAACAUAAAAGACAUAAUUGAUACGUAUUUUUCUCAAAUUGGGAAGAAUGCAACGGAAGGAAUAAACUGCAAGGAUGGGGAAAAUGACAUAAAUCAUGAAAUAUUUAGCUCGUCCAAUUCUGAGGGUAGCAUCAUAAAUGGUUUCAGAAAAAAUAGUGGAAGUCUCUUUAAAGAAAGAAAAGAUUUUUCGCGAGUAAAUUAUAUCACUGGGAAUGAGAACAAAUUGAAAACCAACAUUAAUGCGAGUUCUGUGCCUCAACGUCAAUUUAUGUUCAGCAAUGCUUAUACUGGUAACAGAUUUUGGGGGAAUGCCGAAAAUGAAAAUAAUGGAACCAUAAAAAAUGGUAAUUUUGGUAGUAACGUAAGAAAAAGGCCAAAAGAUAGCAGCAUGGGUGACGAUCAAGAGGAAUUGUUCCCAAAAAGACGGAGACAAAACUAA